ACUUUCAGACAAGCAAUCUUUUUAUUGCUUUUCCACAAUUUUUUCUAUUCAGUUUCAAGGAAAUAGCAAAACAAUACUCAAAUUUUAAUGUGCCGGUAAUUUUUUUCGCGAGGAUUGCACAUUACAGUGUCUUAGAGAUUUACUUUCAAUUCCUGGAGUGUCUAGGACUAUGACCCUGUGAGUGCAUUCUGUACUGGACAGACAGAUACUUUAGCUCUUCAGUUCAUUUUCCAGUUUCAGUUUCGUUCACAUUCAGUAAGUGAUUUCAAGUGAAUCAUGCAAGGAAAGCAUGCAUUUUGUUGAAAACUAACACAUUAACCACAUUUCUCAAGCGACUCACUGGAGCUGAUACAGCGAAGAAAGAAAAUCAACAAAUUUUACAUGAUGAGUGACACACAGAAGGAUUUGUUGAAAGUGAAGCUCGAUCAGCUUCAAUGUCACUUUACGUGGGCCCCACAGAAAGAAACUGUUGACUUGGAUGAUCUGAAACAAAGAUUAGAAGAUUCAAUACAGACAAGCGUGAAACGUCAAGCCAGAUUGUACAACCAACUUGCUUUUAUAAACUGUCUGCAAGGAAACUGUGAAGAGGCUAUUCAGAAUUUAAAUGAAGCUGAAAAGAUUCUGAGGGAGAAUCAUAAAGAUGAAUUUGAAAAAAGAAUCAUCAUCACCUAUGGAAACUAUGCUUGGGUUUAUUAUCACAUGGACCGACUGGAAGAGGCUCAGUCCUACCUCGGCAAGCUGGAGACGGUCUGUAAACCAUUUCCUGAAGCCUCUCGGUUUACAGCAAUGAUACCUGAGGUUUAUGGGGAGAAGGGUUGGUCACUCUUGAAAUCUGCUGGCCAAUAUUAUGAAGAGGCAAAGGAAUGUUUUAAAGAGGCCCUGAAGAAGGAUCCUGACAACAUUGAGUGGAACGUUGGCUAUGCCACUGUUCUGUCUCGUCUGGAAGCAUUUUCUGGGACCCCAGAGAGUCGAGAACCCACUCAGUCAGUGAAACAGUUUAGGCGUGUGUUGGAGCUUGAUCCUGAUCAUGCUGAAGCCAUGGUGCUGUUAGCAUUAAAACUACAAGAGUUCAGUCAAGAGGAGGAAGCAUUCACAUUGGUUGAGCGAGCAUUGCAGAAGUCCCCUGAUCUCCCACACGUGCUUCGAUACGCUGCAAAGUUUUACAGAAACAAUGGAGAUGUUGAAAAAGCUUUGAAAGUGUUGAAGACAGCAAUGGAAAUUACUCCAAACUCUACCUUCUUACACCAUCAAAUCGGCCUGUGUUACAGAAAGAAACUAAUGUCAUUGCUCAAAAAUCCACUCAGCAGAAGGCUCCACAAUCCUGCUUUUCAACAGAAAACUGAAUUGAUCAAACUUUGCAAGUGUCAUUUUAAAAAGGCAUUCGAGCAUCGGCCCUUAACCUUUAUUAAGGCACAACUGGAUUUUGCAGGAAUAUGUUCAAUAAAUGAAGAGUUUCCUGAAGCAGAGAAGAUCUACAACAAUCUCCUGAAACUGAAAGAUAUCCGUCCCGAGGUUAGGCAAGCAAUAUGUUUACAGGCUGGAUUAUUUCAACUGCAUCAGAAAAGAACAGAAUCAAAAGCCAUUGCCCAUUUUCUGGAAGGAAUGAAAGUCGAUUAUAAUUCAGUGGAAAGAAAAAAGUGCCGUGAAAAUUUGGAGAGGAUCGCAACAAGACGACUUCACAGGAAUACGCGAGAUAGUGAGGCCCUGGGUGUUCUUGGCUUCCUGCAUCAACUGGAUGGGAAGAAGCGCAAAGCCAUUGAAUACCUUGAAAAGGCCUUAGAAUUUGAUCAAGGCAAUGAAGAAUAUCUCAGUGCCCUUUGUGAAUUACGCCUUUCCAUCUAGCUCAACAUUGACUUUCCCGGCUAAAGAUUAGCCAAAAGAUGAAUUAAUACUCUCUAAUCUAUAAUCAGCUUUUACGUGGUAUCCACUUCAUAUGUUUCACUUAGAUAUUUUUCAAUUGAUCAUAUUAUUCAUGUGUAUAAUUUUCAGAUGGGUAAUUGUAUUGUAAUUAUUCCAAAUCUCUGUGCUUCGCCAAGAAUUUUGUCCUCGCUGGCAAUGAACCAUUUGUUUCUGAUGCCCAAGAUUUUUUGUUGUGAGUGGAAAGAAACAAAAUGCAGUUGUGUUUUUUGGGAUUUGCAUUAAUUGAUUCAACUGGACAGAGCUGAAAAGAAACAGUUUUCGAUCCAAUUAUAAACAUUUCUUGAGCCUGAUUUAAACUCCAGAUUGGUUUCAGGUGUGUGGUGAAGGAGUUUCAAAACUGACCUUUCACUGCUUCUGUCUGUCUGAGAGUAUUUUAAAUUCCAAACUGCUGGCAAGCAAUGUUCAGGUUGGUGUUUUGCAGGAGAUUCUGGGAGAAUCGCAUGGGAUGGAAAAGGGAUAUAUGGGCAGCCAGUG